UACAUUUAACCACAGUACAUGACAGUUCUGUCAUGUACUGUGCAUUUAACUAAGGAUGUAAAAAAUAUUCAUUUCACAUUUUAAUAAGUUUUGUUACCAUAUAGACUCCAUAUUCUGUGGUUUUGUAUACAUAUAUACUUUUUAAAAUGGUUGAACAAGACGUAGAGCUUGGUUUUCUUGAAAAUUGUCAACCAUGGCAAGUAGAAAGUCGUUUGUUUCCUAGCAAAGUUGGAGGAAAACCAGCGUGGUUGAAUCUGCAGAAACUACCAUCAAGUGAACAUCUUCAGUGUAAGAAAUGCCAAGAACCGUUAAUAUUUUUGUGCCAAGUUUAUGCUCCCUAUGAAGAAGAGCAUAACAACUUCCUCAAUAAUUUUCACAGAGCAAUAUUCGUAUUUAUCUGUAGAAACGUUGAAUGUUGUCAAAGAAACAAUAGUGAUAAUAUAAAAGUGUUUCGAAGUAAUUUGACGAGAGGUAAUAAAUUUUAUCCCUAUGAUCCACCAGAUGAGAAUCCGGAACCAAGUUUCUCAUUAGACACUUGGCUUACAUUAUGUAAUUUAUGUGGUUGCCUAGCUGAGAAACAAUGUAGUAAGUGUAAGAAGGUUCACUACUGCAGCAGACAUCAUCAAAUAUUAGAUUGGAAAGAAGGUCAUAAAACUGAAUGUAAUGACAGUAGUGAAAAUCUUCCUAAUAGUAAUAGUUGGAGACAAUCAAAGAUGUUAUUUCAACAAUGGGAAAUUGUGAUCGAACCUGAAGAGAUAGAUACUACAUGUUUUACAGAAGAAGAAGAAUUGGAGAAAUUUAAGAAGUUAGAGAUACAAGGAAAGAUAGGCUCAAUGGCUGAUGUGCCUGAGGAAGAUUUAGAAUCACAUGCAGUUACUGAUAGUGAUAAGGUAUUUUCCAAGUUCCAAAAAAGGGUGAAACAUAAUCCUGAUCAGGUGAUAAGAUAUCGGAGAGGUGGUCAUCCAUUGUGGAUUUCCAUAGAACCUGUUCCAGAAAAUAUACCAGAUUGUGAACUUUGUAAGGGCAAAAGACAAUUUGAGUUCCAAAUUAUGCCGCAGAUGUUGUCUCAAUUAAAAGAAAAUGUUUUAGAUUGGGGUGUUUUAGCCAUUUACACAUGUGAAAAUAGUUGUUCUCUAGGUGACAGUUAUCAUGAAGAGUUUGUGUUCAAACAAGAUGUUGCAAUAACAAGUUAAGCACACAUAAUUAUGUUAAUAUUAUGACAUAUAACAAUUAAAGUAAAAUUUUAUUAAAUA